AGCAUCAAAGCAGCCUUGGGACAGUGGGGGGGCACCUCAGGGCCCCUGCACAGGGAGGGGACAUGGCUUCAGCCUCCCCCCUGCUGGAACCUCUCCUGGAGACUGAGAUGUGGAAUGGGGGUAGAAAAGGGAAUUGUCCUGGUGGCUCAGGGCGCUGUGUGAGCAGAGGUGAGCGAUGUGUGAGGUGCAGGCAGUGCAUUGAGAUGCUGAAUGUCAAAAGGGAUGUGAGGUUUGACAUUCAGAGCUCUGGAGUGGGGCUGGGACCCCUCCUUUCUUGCAGCUCCUGGGCAUGGUGGUGUUGUGGGACACCUGAGGAGGUGCUGAUGUGACACUGUGCAGUCGGUGAGCAUUCAGGGGCACCUCAGUUUUGCAGGUAUCCCUAAGUUUUGCCCUAGAAUAAAGGCACCCUGGAGCUGAAGGGGUGGCUCUGUGAGGGAGCAGUUCAGUUCCUCUCAAAAACAAGUGCAUGUCCUUGCUCCGAGGCCGUGUGUUCGGGGCUGCUGCUCCAUUAGGAUAACAGCAGUGCAGAGCUGGAAAUCUCUGAGCUGGGAAGGCUGUCUGCAUUGCCAGGGCAGCAAUCUGGGAAGGAGAUGCUCAGCUGCUGCCUUCCCGUGGUCCCUCCAUACCCCGUCCCAUUGCAGGUGAGAUGUGAGAUGUGCUCAGUCUGAUUGGAGAGGAUCCAUCCAGAUCCCUCCUGGAGGUGUGGGCAGGAGCAGUGCAGCCAUUCCCAGGUACAGGUAGGGCUGAGCACCACAGGGCUGUGCUGCAGUUCCCCGUGUGCCCUCAGCACCACAGUGAGUGGGUGACCUCCCCCCCCUCACCAAACUGUUGCGACAGCAAAGAGGAGCAAGGUCAGCAUCCCCGCAGCAGAGUGCAGGAGCUGACGUCAAAGGAAGCAGCUGUGAUUCACAGCUUCUGGGGAGCACUCAGUGCUGGGGCUGUAACUCAUCCCACAGAUGUCAUUUCAGCCUUGAACAUUAUCACUGCUCUUGCUCCACCCCCAGGAGAUGUGGGGCUGCCCCCUCAGUGCAGCAGAGCGUGGCUGGGACCCCCACCCCACAGCCUCCCUCUGCGCUUUGCAGCCCUGCUCUGCAUGCACAACCCUCAGCUGCAGCUCCAUGCAAGCUGUCUACAAAGUUCUCUCAGCCUCACUACGUGCACAGAGCAUCCAUGUGCAUUCCCCACGUGCCGUGCAGCAGCAGAGGGGGACAGCAGAGUUUGCCCCACAUAUCUGGGCAGCAGCAGCUGCGUAAGGAUGUGCGCAUGCGCUGCUGCUGGCACCCACUGUGACCCACAGCCCCCAGCAGAUGCAUGGGGAGACGGAGCUGCCCUUGGCCUGCAGGGCACUGCCGUAAGUGAUGGCCCUUAUCUCGGUGCUGACAAGCCAGCAUCCUUCAGCUGGUGGAUUUAAGGCCCAGCCUUGGGGCUGAGGCACAGCAGUAUUUGCAGCAGUCACCAGAACUGAGCUCCACAGCGCUGCAGAGAUGCUGCCUGCCACCUUCAAGCUGUGUGCUGCCAUCUCCUACCAACACCUGCGCAACGUGACCGGGCUGCGCAGACAGGCUGCAGUGGCCAUCAGCCAGGAGCUCAGCAAGCUGUCGUGCCGCAGCGCGGGGCCCAGCACGUGGAUCAGCCAGGUCCGCAGGCGAAGCUCUCUGCUCAGCUCCAGGCUGGAGGAGAAGCCCUUCAGCGAGAUGGAGAUGUCCUACAUCAAACAAGGAGAGGAAGCCCUGCAGAAAUCACUCAGCAUCCUCGGGGAUCAGGAGGGCUGGAAGACGGAGACGGUGGUGGACAACGGAGACAAAGUGCUGAGCAAAGUGCUGCCGGACGUGGGCAAGGUGUUCCGACUGGAGGUGGUGGUGGAUCAGCCCCUGGAUGCUGUGUACAGUGAGCUGGUGGACAACAUGGAGCAGAUGGGAGACUGGAAUCCCAGCGUCCAAGAGGUGAAGAUCCUCCAGAAGGUUGGGAAGGACACCCUGAUAACCCACGAGACAGCAGCUGCUGUACCUGGGAACAUCGUUGGGCCUCGGGAUUUUGUGAGUGUGAGGUGCUCCCGACGCCGAGGCUCCACCUGCGUGCUGGCAGGGAUGUCCACCAAGCACGGAGCCAUGCCCGAGCAGCAGGGAUUUAUCAGAGCUGAGAAUGGCCCCACAUGCAUGGUGCUGCGCCCGCUGGCUGGCAGUCCCUCUCAGACCAAGUUAACGUGGCUUCUUAGCAUUGACCUGAAGGGCUGGCUGCCAAAGACCAUCAUCAACCAGGUCCUGUCUCAGACCCAGGUGGAUUUUGCCAAGCACCUCCGGCAGCGCAUGGCGCGGGCUGCUGAGUGCACAGGCUGCCACUGAGAGCUUCGUUCAGGGCUGACAGCUGGGAUCUCAUCCCUAGAUAAGUCAGAUACAACUCAAUUCUGGCCUGUGCUAACAAGACAGGCCUUUAAUAGUAGGCAGUAGUAAUAAAGCUUAACUAAUUAGCCAGGAGCCUGAUUCAGAAGGCAGUGCCAGCAGCGAGCGGAUGCCGUACCUGAAGCAGCACGUUGUUGCUGGGACCUCCCAGCUAAUUACUUGAAGCUUUAUUAGUCUGCAGUAAAAAGGCCUUGGCUAAUUAGUUAUUAGGGAAGAGUCCCAGGAGCCUCGUUCAGAAGGCAGGGCCAGGCAGUGCUGCUCCGUGUGCAGAACACAGGGCUUAGCCUCAAAUGCAUUCCCCUCCUUUCCCCUAGCAAAGCAGCUCUAAGUUAUUUGAUGUGAUUUUGCACAGGAAGAUUAUUUAUUCAAAGUUCUGCACUGAUUGUCAUUAGCAGGAGUCCCUGGGAAACUCGUCAUUGCUUCCAUAGACAGCUUCAGAUUUCAAGUAGGUACUUUAAGGUUGCAGGUUAUGAAGGGGGAACUGCGAUACUUCAACAAAAAGCACAAGACAAAAACGAGGGAAGAGUUUAAAAGAAGAGUUUAUGGUUCAACUGGCUGCCAGUUUAUGUAAAAAACAAAAGAAAAACAAAAAAAUCCAGCUUGGGCAGAAGCCCAAAUUUCAGUCUUACAUGCAGUUGUCUCGUUACAACACAAUCCUGGAUGGAAACUGUUGAGAUUUAGCCAAGCACAGCUAAGCAGAAGUGCCAGAGUUGCUUCUGCAGGGAUGGAGACAGCAGGUGGGUGCAACCACACACCUGGUCCCACUGAACGACGACUGGUGUGAGUCAGAUGGGAAAUGAUCUCAACACAGUCGUUGCUUCUUCAGCUAGCCACACUGUGAGCUCUUGGAGCCUCGCAGAGAUGCUCACAAACAGCACAAUACACACUAGGACAGCAUUGACUUGGACUCAGCACAGUGGCACUGCAUGAAUCUCCAGCACGCACUGCAGCUGCUGCCCAGAGCUGCGUUGGCUUCGUGUUUGUUCGUUAUGGGUUGUUCUGAGCUGCACCUUCCUCCAGAAUAAAAUCCACCUGGGUUGAGUCGCUGCCUUAUUGUGCUGCCCCUGCUUGCUUCAAGGCUCCCAGGGGGGGCUUCGUCUUCCAUCCACUUCUGUCUCCACGUGAUACAGGACGUCUGCCAGCGUGUGUUCCACUACAGCUCCCCAGCCCAUGUCGCUCAUCUACAAAGGGAGCAGAAGGCCAAGACAAAAACACCUUUGCUUAAACAAAGCCAGGUUUAACCACCAAGUUUUUUUCUCAUCCUUGUUCUGCUUUUCUCUUGCUAUUGCCUCUCCCAGAUUUUUAAAUGCAUUCCUUCUGGCUGCACCAUCAAGCUGUGAGUAGAAGCGACGAUGCUAAGUGCAGCCCUGCUGUAAAUCUCCCCUCCCAGCACUGAAUUCCCAGUCCCCUUCUGUUGAAAUGCUGUGCUGUGAGGUGAGGGAGAUGCGUGCUGUUACUUACGGGGCGGUAGGUGACAUCUCUGGGGGGGUACUUGAAAUAUGGCCCAAAGUUGAUAGAAACCUACAGAGAACAUUUAUGUGUCAGUACAAAGCUGGAUAACUUGGCUCGCUUUAUUUCCCCCCCCCAAUUCUUCAACCCUGACCCUCUUACACUCCUGAGCAUAACUGCACCCUGCACAGAUACCUGUAAAUAUACAUCUCUGCAUUAAAGGACAGCAUUAAUUAGGAGCUUGAUGAGGUUAAAUAACACAAGGUGAAUAAAUGCAUUGUUCUGGGCUGCCUCCACCACCAUAAAACUCUGCCUCUCCUUUCUGCUCACUUCACUGGGCUUGCUUGGCCCGUUCCCAGCACGCACACACUCUGCAUCACCAGAACUGUGGCUGGACUCAGGCAUUAUCUUUGAAAGCAUGUUGUUACCGUGCAGCCUUUGUACAAAGAAAUAGCAGGGAAAUAAACUCCUUCAAAAAUGUCUUUAAAAGCGACUCCUUGGCUGGCGCCGUUCUUGAAGAAUAUGAUCUGAAAAGGAAAAGGAGGAGUUUUGCAGUCGGUUCCUUGGCAAAAGGCAGCUUAUCAGCAAGGGU